UUCUGGGUCCUCCACAUGUUCCUAAGAGGAAAGAAAAUGAAUAUAUCACCUGUGAUGAUAGCAUUUGAAGACCUGGCUGUGUACUUUACCUGGGAGGAAUGGCAGAACAUGAACAAUGCUCAGAAAAUCCUGUACAGAGAUGUGAUGCUGGAGACCUACAGCAGCCUCUUCUCCUUGGGGCACUGCAUUACCAAACCUGACUUAAUCUUCAAGUUGGAGCAAGGAGAAGAGCCAUGGAUGGUGGACAAAUGCUUGAAUCAGAGCCUUUCAGUGGUCAUGAAAAUGGAUGACCUGAUUAAGAUCAACCUGGAAAGUCAGGACAAAAAUCUGAAUCAGGAUUUUAUGAAAAAUAACAAGACAUCAGCUCACAAGAGAGUUGAAUUAAGAAAAACCCUUAGUUUAAAUUCAAGCCAUAUUCCAACACUGAUUAUUAAAAAGGGAAUCUAUUCAGGAUUGAAUCCUGAGGAAUGCAAUAAAUGUCACACUGUGUAUCCCCACAGUGGGCCUGAUCAACUACAGGCUGGAGAGAAAUUUGAUAACACUAAGAUACCUGGAAAAUCUCUUCACUUCUGUGAGCCUCUUAGUCAGUAUGACAAUAUUCACAUCAUGAAGCAGCCAUUUGGACCCACUGGACAAGCAAAAGUCUUCACAAGAAAGAUGUUCUGGAAAUCUGAGAGGGUUCAUAUGGCAGAAAACUGUAAUAAAUCAACUGUCACUUUUGGAAAAACAACUCAAAUAGAAAAAGCUAUCCAUGAAAAUUCUAGCCUCAAUAUGCAUCAACAAACUCACACAAGAAAGAAAUUUUAUAAGUACAUUAAGUAUGUUGAACCUGUCAUUCACCAGUCACAUCUUACAAUAAAUCACAGACUAAAUACAAGGGAAAAACUUUACACAUGUAACCCUUGUGGAAAAUCACUCAGUAUUAAUUCACCUUAUGAAUGUAAUGACUCUGGAAAAGAUUUUGGACAAAAGUCAGUCCUCAGGAAAUGUCAACAAAUUCACACAGGAGAGAAAUCACAUGAAUGUAGUGAUUGUGGAAAAGCCUUUACACAAAAGUCAUACCUCAUAAACCAUCAGCGAAUUCACACAGGGGAGAAACUUUAUAAAUGCCUUCAUUGUGGAAGAGGCUUUCUGUGGAAGUCAGCCCUCAUCAUACACCAGAGAAUUCACACAGGGGAGAAACCUCAUGAAUGUAAUGACUGUGGAAAAGCCUUUGGACAAAAGUCAGACCUCAUCAUACACCAGCGAAUUCACACAGGGGAGAAACCUCAUGAAUGUAAUGACUGUGGAAAAGCCUUUGGAUGCAAGUCACACCUCAUCAGACACCAGCAAAUUCACACAGGGGAGAAACGUCAUGAAUGUAAUGACUGUGGAAAAGCCUUUGGAUGCAAGUCAAACCUCAUGAAACAUCAGCGAAUUCACACAGGGCAGAAACCUCAUGAAUGUAAUGACUGUGGAAAAGCCUUUGGACAAAAGUCACACCUCAUCAUACACCAGCAAAUUCACACAGGGGAGAAACCUCAUAAAUGUAAUGACUGUGGAAAAGCCUUUGGACAAAAGUCACGCCUCAUUAUACACCAGAGAAUUCACACAGGGCAGAAACCUCAUGAAUGUAAUGACUGUGGAAAAGCCUUUGGAUGCAAGUCAUACCUCAUGAAACAUCAGCGAAUUCACACAGGGGAGAAACCUCAUGAAUGUAAUGAUUGUGGAAAAGCCUUUGGAUGCAAGUCACACCUCAUCAGACACCAGCAAAUUCACACAGGGGAGAAACCUCAUGAAUGUAAUGAUUGUGGAAAAGCCUUUGGAUGCAAGUCACACCUCAUCAGACACCAGCAAAUUCACACAGGGGAGAAACCUCAUGAAUGUAAUGACUGUGGAAAAGCCUUUACACAAAAGUCAUACCUCAUCAUACACCAGCGAAUUCACACAGGGGAGAAACCUCAUGAAUGUAAUGACUGUGGAAAAGCCUUUACACAAAAGUCAGACCUCAUCAGACACCAGCAAAUUCACACAGGACAGAAACCUCAUAAAUGUAAUGACUGUGGAAAAGCAUUUGGACAGAAGUCAGGCCUCAUCAUACACCAGCGAAUUCACACAGGGGAGAAACCUCAUGAAUGCAAUGACUGUGGAAAAGCCUUUGGACAAAAGUCAGGCCUCAUCGUACACCAGCAAAUUCACAAAAGGGAGAAACCUCAUGAAUGUAAUGGCGAUGGAAAGGCCUUUGGAUGAAAGUCAGACCUCAUGAAACAUCAGUGAAUUCACACAGGGGAGAAACCUCAUAAAUGUAAUGACUGUGGAAAAGCAUUUGGACGAAAGUCACACCUCAUCGUACACCAGAGAAUUCACAUGGGGCAGAAAUCUCAUGAAUGUAAUAACUGGCAAAGCCUUUGGAAACAAGUCACACCUCAUCAUACACCAGAGAAUUCACACAGGGCAGAAACCUCAUAAAUGAAAUGACUGUGGAAAAGCCUUUGGACACAAGUCAUACCUCAUAUUACACUAGAGAAUUCACACAGGGGAGAAACCUCAUAAAUAAUGAUUGUGGAAAAGCCUUUGGCCAUAAGUUAGGCCUCAUGAUACAUCAGCGAAAUCACACAGAGCAGAAACCUCAUGAAUGUAGUGACUGUGGAAAAGCCUUUGUAUGAAAGUCACACCUCAUAUCACACUGGAGAAUUCACACAGGGGAGAAAACCCAUGAAAGUAAUGACCAAGGGAAAGCCUCUGGAUAAAAGUCAAUCCUUUAGAAACAUCAGAGAAUUCACACAGGGAGGAAACCUCAUGAAUGUAAUGACUUUGGAAAAGCCUUUUGACAAAAGACAAAACUCAUCACAGCAGAGAAUUCACACAGGGUAGAAAACUCAUGAUUGUAAUAACUGUGGAAAGCAUUUAGCCAUAAGUCAACCUUCAUCAUGCAUCAGGGAAUUCACACAGGGCAGAAACCUUAUGAAUAUAAUGACUGGAAAAGCCUUUGGACAAAAGUCAAACCUCAUAAUGCACCAGAGAAUGCACACAGUGUUGAAACUUCAUGAAUGUAAUGACUGUGGAAAAACUUGAUUUUAACUUCCAACUCCAAAUGCAUCAGAAGAUUCACACAGGGAAAUAACCUUAUAAAUGUAAUGACUGUGUAAAAGCCUUUUUCUAUAAGUUAUAUCAAAACAGAAUUCACACAGGGCAGAAACCGUAUCAAUCUAAUGAGUGUGGAAAAGCCUUUAUAAAUCAUAUGUUGUAAAUCAUAGCUCAUAUCACACCAGAGAAUUCACAUCGGAGAGAAACUUCAUGAAUGCAAUGACUGUAGAAAAGCCCUUGGCAAUAAGUCACAUCUCAGAAUGCGUCAGAAAAUUCACAUGAAAAGAAACCUUUUGGACAUAAUGACUUGGAAAGCUUUUUCCCAUAGUUCAGCCCUCAUUGCACAUCAUCUAAUUCAUAUGUGGGAAAACACUUUGUAUAUAAUGCAUAUGGAAAAGCCUUUAUCCAUAAGUAACACCCCAUAAAACAUCAGAAUUCACAUGGGGGAGAAACCACAUGAAUGGAAUGAGUGUUGGAAAACUAUGCCAAUAUCACACAAUAUAACAUCGAGAAUUUAUUACAUGGUGGAAAUCUUGUAAUAAAUGUGGGAAAGCCUUUUGUCAGAAGGAAUACCUCAUAACACAUGUAGUUCAAACAAGGGAUAGAACUUAAGAAUAUAAUGAAUGUGAAGGACUUUUUCCAAAAUCAACAUAACCAUGUGACAGAGCCAUUUGCUGGAAAUUACAUCCCAUACAAUAGGUACUCCCAUAAGGAAGAAAGGUUGGGACCAGCGCUGUGGCACAGUAAGUUAAAGCCCUGGCCUGAAAUGCUGGCAUACCAUGUGGGCACUGGUUCUAGUCCCGGUUGCUCCUCUUCUGAUCCAGCUCUCUGCUAUAGCCUGGGAAAGCAGUAGAAGAUGGCCCUGCACCCAUGUGGGAGACGCAGAAGAAGCUCCUGACUCCUGGCUUUGGAUUGUGGCAGCUCCAGCCAUUGCAUCCAUCCAGAGUUAGGAGUUAGGAGUCUCCACUCGGCUGCUUGCCUGAUGCAGACACAAGCUGGCACAGAUGUUAUGUAUGUCCAAAAUGGCUCCUGCUCUAUUAGCUUGCAUGUCUUUGUGAGGUGAUUGGAGAGAGAGAAACAUGUCUGUACUGUCCCUUUUUUUUCUCUCUCCUCUAGUUUGGCUGGCACACUUUCCCUUGGAUAUUUAAGCCUCAUUUCCUCUAGGUUCCUGCCACAUUUUUGCCGGUGGCUCAGGCUACUGUGGUCUUGUCUCACCUCACUUUCCAGUUCUGGUGCAUAGGCUCUCAGCUGUUGGAGUCAUGAUCCAUGGGCACCAUGCCAUCCAUGUGGGUUCACUGCAUCCCUCUAAUAUCAGUAGAAUUCCCUCUGUCAUUUUUUACCUGACUCUUCCCUGAGACUACUCUAUUUCCACUUUUUUUUUUAUUUUUUGACAGGCAGAGUGGACAGUGAGAGAGAGAGACAGAGAGAAAGGUCUUCCUUUGCCGUUGGUUCACCCUCCAAUGGCCGCCGUGGUAGCGCGCUGCGGCCGGCGCACCACGCUGUUCCGAUGGCAGGAGCCAGGUGCUUAUCCUGGUCUCCCAAGGGGUGCAGAGCCCAAGCACUUGGGCCAUCCUCCACUGCACUCCCUGGCCACAGCAGAGAGCUGGCCUGGAAGAGGGGCAACUGGGACAGGAUCGGUGCCCCGACCGGGACUAGAACCCGGUGUGCCGGCGCCGCAAGGCGGAGGAUUAGCCUGUUGAGCCACGGCACCGGCCUCUAUUUCCACUUUUUAAAAACUAUUUUCUCCUGGGCUAGAGCAGUAAGCUCCCUCCCUACUCCACCAUCCAAUUAUUAGCCCAUCUCUAUAUGAUUAUGACUCUGUUUCUGCCAAAUUACUAAUUCAUAUACCAUAUAAUCAAAAUUAAAUGCCUUCCAUGGAGUGCAUAUUUAUUUUGUCAUUUACUACUGUCACCUGCAUGUGUAAUGAGUAACCUGAUUUGUAACAUUCCUAACACAGGGAAAUGAUGGGCCCCACAGUUUGAUUUAUAAUUGUGUGGUCAUCUACUCACUCUAAAUGCUGGAAGUUGUCCCAGCAACUGUCAUGUGUAUAGGAUUUGAGUACAUUGCAGUGCCAGCACCAUCAUGGUCAUCAGCAUAGGAUACAUUAUUAAUGUUUCUAGAUGCUCCUGGAACUUUAAAUUAUUUUCUGAUUGUGGAAAUUUUCCAAACUACAAGUCUAUAUCAUACUGUAAUUUUUCCAGUUUAUUCCAGACUGUUCUUUCACCAAAUAUUCAUCCACAUAUUUGUUUUUAAUUAUGGCUCACAUUAAAAUGACAUUGUUACUAAGGGCAAGACAAAGUUUUAACUUCCAUGUGCAUCAAUUUUCUAUAUUUUGUCUUUCAUUUUAUUAAUUUCAUCUGAGUAUGUCAAUAUCCACAUGGAAAGCAAUCUUAGCACUGCCAAUGUAUGAUGAUUUUUUGGGGCACUUAUAUUUUCAUGUCAUGAAUGCACUAAAUAAUGUUCAAGUUGUCUUAGCAAUCUCCAUCUUUAUGGCCUAUCAAAUAAUUUUAGAACAUUACAUUCUUUUACACUUUCAAGGACACUUUUUUAUAGCUUCUUUAUAUUUCGAGAAUCAAAAUUGUCAUUCUCUUUAAAAUUUCCAUUCAUUAGAUCAAGACAAUUUUAUCUUGGUUUUAAAAUUACUGAGUUUAAUGGCAUAAACUUUCUUUGAUUUAAGAAAGCACAGAUUUUCUGUAUUUAAAUGUGUAUUGAGGGCUACUUUUAUUAAUAUCUGUUACAUCUCCUUGUAACCUUAUUCCUGCUUCUACUAAAUUUACCAUUUGUACACACAACUAUCAAUAUAAAACAUAUAUUGAAAUGAAUACAUUUCUCUAUUUUUCAUGUUGAUUCAAAUUUAUUAUUACCACCUCAAUAAAUAAUAACCUAAUUUGUGCCAAUUCUAGUGCAGGGCACUUCAGGCUACCAUGAUUUACUUUAUCAUUGUAAGGCCAUCAAAUUCUGGCAGAUGUCCAAAUUUUAUUUUCACAGUAUAUGAGAACAAUUUAGGGCGCGUUCCAUCACUCAUUAGCAGGAGAUUUAAUUCUUAGCUUUAUAGACAUUCAUGGAACUUGAAAUUAACCUUUAAUUAUGAAAAUUUGUUAAUUUUUAAAUUCACUGGAGUCACUCUUUUGCACAAAUACUUAAGUCUAGACCAAUCCUAACCCUGUGAAUCUGUGGCCAUGGUGAUUUAAUUUUUAUUGUAAGAUCAUCAUCACCCCCAACAUUCUGUAAGUUGCCUUCUGGGUACACAGUGUCUCAGGGCCACUUUAGCCAAGGGUAAUAAUUCUUUCUCCUCAACGUAGUAAAUAUAUGAAUAUAUGUAACAUAUAUAACAUACAUAUAUUUUAUUCAUAGAUAAAUUUGCCACUGUGUGUCUAGAUACUAGUAUGUUUCCUGAAAAUUAUGUGGGAAAAUAGUGGGAUCUUAAUGUUAUUUUUAUCCCAGAAUUAUGUAUGUUUAUUUAAUUUUAGAGGCUGGUAGACUUGGAGAAACAGAGAAACAGACUUUAUGAGCUACAACUUGAUGGCUUACUCUUCAUUCUUGUAAUUUUCAGAAACUGGAUCAUUACAGAAAUCUGAGUAUUCUUUUCUGAUGAUAAAUACA